AUGAAUAGUAUGCUGGAAGAACUCGAGGCUAGAGAUCAGAGGAUCCAAGAAUUAGAGAAAGCAAGAGAGAAAAAAAAGAUGAAGUAUGGACUGAGAGACAGGGGUGGAAUCGAAUUCUCGAAAGAAAGUAGGCCGAAAUUGGGUCAUGGUUUGCAAAGAUUCCAAAUAAAGAACAGGCGAGUGGAACAAUUAACCAAGGAAAUAGAAGAUCUACAAACCAGUUUUGAAGGAGAAUUAAAUCAGUCUCGGGAUAUGAAUAGUGAACUUAAAGAUCAUGUUAAGCACCUUGAGGAGUCCUUACUUCAAGUUCAAGUACCACCCGGGUCGAUGGACUUAAGGCUUUCUCGUGAGGAGAAUAAAUUUUUGCGAGAACAAGUCAGAGGACUAGAGAGUGAGCUUCAGCGCUCUCGAGUACACAUCACCAACCUGGAAAGAAAAAUCACUCGUAUCAAUGAUGGGUGGAAGGAUACGUAUGAGCACCACCAGAUGUUGGUUGAGGAACAUGAGUGCAUGAUGGGUGAAGCAAUAGCACAAAUGAGCGAGGUGGCUCACUACACACAAGAGCUCGCCAAAAGAGCUGAAGUCAUCCUACUUUGCACCAGUUUAUCUUUCGAAUAUGGAGAGAAAGUUGUUGAGAUCAUGACUGAGGUCAUGGAACUAAGUAAAAUAGCCAAACCAUAUUUGCAGAUUGAUCUCUCUUGUAAUGAUGAAAAGUCUUUUGGAAGAAUGAAACUUUUUCUAAGAAUGAAAAAUACCUUGAAAACUGAUAAAAACCAGUCCGAAGCCACACAUUCGCAUAAAACCAUAAACAAGACUAAGAAAAUGGAUGCUAAACUCGAGAAAAUAGAAAAAGAACUUCAAGAAAAGCUCCUGAAGAUGCAACAAGACUGGGAGGCUAAGAUGAAGCAGUCACAAAAAUUCGCCAUUGACCAUAUAAUACAAAGCCAAUCUAACAUGGUGAAUGACAUCGUGGCCAAAUUACCUGGGCAGAGCGGCAUGGAAGGGAAAGAACAAAAUACUGCAGUAGCCGAGACUUCUGAAUAUGCACCAGUACAAUCUAGUUCUAGAUUGGUUAUUUCAUUUGAAAAGCUCACUGGGCAUCCAACAGGUUCAUCUGCUGCUAAAAUUCAAAUGGUUGUCACAAACCCUCAGAACAACCCGAACGAGUAUAAUAUACCAGAUCUUGAUAAGAUCGAGAAAAUGAAGAAUCAAGUGCCUGAGCAUCUAAAGAUUGGUGCAAGGAUUUCUUUAAGGAGAUGGGUGGGCAAGGGUCCCAUGAAGAGAUAG